AUGGCUCUGCCAGAGGCAGCACUUUUAGGAAUAAUCAUUGUAUUCUCAGAUGUAUGUAAGACAUAUGGCAGUGGCAUCUAUUAUACCUUCAACAAAACUGCGUUUCAUCUGAAGACUACAUGUCCUGUAACGCUUACACACUUCAGUCAUACUGGAGUGGACUGUCAUAUCAUCGUCCAGCGUGGACUGAAUGGCCUGAUGGACAGAGUGGAGAUCAUCAUAAAUAAAAUCACAACCCUCAUUCACAAUGACACUGUGACUGUGGAAGGCAGCAGUAUUUCCCUUCCAUACGACCAAACCUAUCAGCAUGUGUUUCAUUAUGGAAUCUAUACCAGGCUCCAAAGCAAAGUUUUGCCAGUGUCUGUCACAUGGUACAGUGUAGCUAAUGGUGUCAGUUCGCUUUGGGUGCAACUGGACCAGGAUUUAGUGGAGGGUAUGAGUGGACUUUGUGGGCACCAAAACAGCUCAGAAACUAUGCAGCAACUGAUAUCCACCAGUAUCCUCUCUGAUGGACAAUGCCUGAUACAAGACUCUGUUGUGCAAACAAACACAGUUUGUAAAGAUCUUUUGUCCCAUGCUUACGAAUGUCUCGCCACUAAAUAUCGAACCUACCUGACCCUGUGUUACAAAAAUAUGAAAGGAUUAUGGCAUCAAGAAGCAAACUGCUCAUUUUUUAAAGAGCUCUCGCUUAUGUGUGGGAGUUCCAGUCCAGUGUGGUCAGUGUGGAGAUCAAAAAGCAACUGCUACCAACCUCACUGUCCUGGAGACUUGCACUAUGUAGAGAUGGGUCCUGCUUUCCCCCCAACCUGCAGCAACCCACAUAAUUAUACCACAGAACUCACCAGCACCUGCCUGCCUGCUGAAGGAAAGGUCCUGAAUGAUCGUGUUGAUGGUUACCAUUCCAUAAAUGUGGAGGAAUGUCCAUGUGUGCAUGCAAAGAUAAUGUAUGCACCAGGGCAGGAGCGCAGAACAAAGUGCCAGACCUGUACCUGCAUCAGAGGAAAUUGGGCAUGUUCUAGAAACACAUGUCCAGCCAAGUGUAUUAUUGAAGGCCAGUUCAUCACUACAUUUGAUGGCAAACAGUAUUCUAUGCUAGACAAAUGCACCUUUGUGGCUGCAAGGGGACUUAACUGGACAUUGAACAUUCAGUAUUCUGAGCAAGGUGUUGUCAUAGAAAAGGCAUAUCUUAAUAUCAACCAGGAAAGAUAUACUUUUUCUGCAAACAGCAUACAACUGAACAACAUAGAAAUCAGUGACCUAUCACAGACUGAGUCUACCAGAGUCUUUUGGCAGUCUUCAAUGUUCAUUCAAGUUCAGACUUCAUUCGGCUUGAAAAUGCAAGUUCAAGUGUCUCCAGAAAUUCAAAUAUAUCUGAAUUUGCCGCCAACCGCAAAUACCAAAGGUCUUUGUGGAACUUUUAAUAAUGACACAAGCGAUGACUUCACUACUUUUAGCGGUAUCAUAGAAAGUUCGGUUCAGCUUUUUGCCCGGUCCUGGUCAAUGGGCACUUGUACCCUAAUUACUGGAUGCAUCAACACUGAAAACGAGAUAUUUGCAGAGGAGAACUGUGACCAACUGACAGAUCCAGAAGGAGUGUUUGCUGUGUGUCAUGAUUACGUUCCUGUUUCGCCCUAUGUCGAGGCAUGUGUGAAAAGAACAUGUCAGUGCUCGACUGCAUUACAGGAAUGUUUGUGUGUCUCCUUUGGUAACUACGCAAAAGCCUGUGCAACUCAGGGAAUCAUUGAUAGCGACUGGAGAUCAGAAAUAAACUGCAUUCCUUUGUGCAUGGGCAACCUGAGGUUUGCUUACGCAGCGUUGGCAUGUAACCAUACCUGCCGUUCCCUCUCGGGCCCUGAUCCCACCUGUGAGGUGGUGGAUGACCCUGUGGAGGGGUGUGGAUGCACAUCAGACUCCCACCUGAGCAACCAACAGACCUGCAGCCCUCGUUCACUGUGUAGCUGCCACCAUCCUGGAGGUGUCACACCUCCAGGCCCAGUGGUUAUCGGUGGACCUUGUGUGAAAAUGGGCAACUUCAUUGUCCUGAAGUUUGCAAGUGAUGGCAACAGCUGCAUCAGUGGCUGUUAUUGUCCGGAUGGCCUUUUUGAAAAUCAUAAUGGUGGUUGUGUGACUCAUGAAAACUGCACCUGUGAAUUCAGUGGGAGAGUGUAUGAAACUGGGCAGAGUGUGGAGACAAACUGUAAAAAAUGGACAAGGUUAGGGAUAGAGUGGACAUGUAAGGGCCGAGUGCUAGGGCUUUGUGGGAACUUUGAUGGGAAGGUGACAAACGACCUUCUGACAAGCAUCUCCUCAGAAGUUUUCAGUGUUUUGGACUUUGGGAAUAGUUGGAAGACUGCAGCUCCGCCAUGCUCAGAUGUAACCCAUGAAAUAUUUCCUUGUGAACGACACUCCUACUGUGCAGCCUGGGCCCAGCGGCGAUGUAUGAUCCUGAGAUCAGACACCUUUAUAGAUUGCCAUCUGAAGGUGGAUCCAGAGGCUUAUUACCAGGCCUGUGUUUUGGAGUCCUGUUCUUGUGAGUUUGAGGGAAAGUUUCUCGGCUUUUGUACUGCUGUCUCAGCUUACGCAGAGGCGUGCAGUGCAAAGGACGUCUGCAUCAACUGGAGAACCCCAGAUUUGUGUCCGGUGUAUUGUGACUAUUACAAUGACGUGGGCCAGUGCACCUGGCAUUACAAUCCCUGUGGCCAGGUUAAGACCUGUGGCACUAAGAACCGCUUUACAGGAAAACUUGAAGGUUGCUACCCAAGAUGCCCUGAAAAGACGCCAUAUUAUGACGAAAACUUAGGUAAAUGCACCGCUUUGGACAACUGCACUUGCAACUUCAUGAACAGAGUGUUUUCAUCUCCUGACGAAAUGUGUACUUCUUAUACAUGCUGUAAAUGCCUUGAUGGACAAAUUGUCUGCACUCCUACAUUUACAUCUACAACUACGACUACAAUUUAUUACACAUCAACAUCUCAGCCAUCUACAACAAUAACCCACACAGCCACAACACAACCACCAACAACUCAGAGCACAACACAAUACAUAAGACCAACAACAGAAUACACAACGAAGCCAACAACUGAGAAGACAAAAGAAUCUACAACUCCAAUUAAAGACACAACUACAACACAGCUAACAACAGCUGUGAGCACAACAGAAUACAAAAUCACAACACAACCACCAACCUCACAGAGCACAAAGGAAUACACAACACAACUAUCAACUACAGAGAGAACAACAGAAUAUACAACCACAACACAUCCACCAACAACUGAAAGUACAAGAGAAACAUAUACAACUCCAAUGGAAGAAACAACCACAACACAUCCACCUCCAACCGAGAGGACAACAGAACACAGAACCACAACACAUCCAUCAACGACUGAAAGUACAACAGAAUCAUAUACAACUCCAGUGGAAGAAACAACCACAACACAACCACCACCAACCGAGAGCACAACAGAACACAGAAUCACAACAUAUCCAUCAACAGCUGAAAGUACAACAGAUUCAUAUACAACUCCAGUGGAAGAAACAACCACAACACAACCACCACCAACCGAGAGCACAACAGAACACAGAAUCACAACAUAUCCACCAACAGCUGAAAGUACAACAGAUUCAUAUACAACUCCAGUGGAAGAAACAACCACAACACAACCCCCACCAACCGAGAGCAAACAGAACACAAUCACAACACAUCCACCAACAACUGAAAGUACAACAGAAUCAUAUACAACUCCAGUGGAAGAAACAACCACAACACAACCACCACCAACUGAGAGCACAACAGAACACAGAAUCACAACACAUCCACUAACAACUGAAAGUACAACAGAAUCAUAUACAACUCCAGUGGAAGAAACAACCACAACACAACCACCACCAACCGAGAGCACAACAGAACACAGAACCACAACACGUCCAUCAACAACUGAAAGUACAACAGAAUCAUAUAAAACUCCCGUGGAAGAAACAACAACACAGCCACCAAUUUUACAGAGCACAACAGAAUACACAACCCAACAAUCAACAACAAAGAGGACAACAGAAUCAGAUACAACUCCAUUGGAAGAAACAACCACAACACAAUCACCAACUUCAGAAAGUACAACAGAAUACACAACACAAGUACCAACAACUGAGAGCACAACAGAAUAUAAAACCACAACACAACCACCAACAAGUGAGAGCACAACUCAACCAACAAUAGCGACGAAACAAUACACAACCAGAACUCAGGCAACUACUGGAACUACAACCUCAGUAAAAUAUAGCACUUCAGUGUCAACAGUGUCCACAACAGAAUUAAUAAUAGUCACUGGCCCUGUUACCACCAAUCUAACUACAAGGUCACCUCAAAAACUGUAUACGACUAUUAAUCCUACAAUUACGACCCCUUCUCUGACAUCUGUACUCAGUACUACAAUACCUACCACUGAACACACAACUCCAGUGUGUGAGUGUAAAGAUGUGAUGAGAAAUCAAAGCUGGUCAUGUGGAGAAACUUGGAGAGAGAAUUGUGCUGAUAAAGUCUGUAAGGCUGGAGUGAUUGAGGUAAAAUCUAUUACUUGUCCAACACCCACAAUCAAGACUUAUUGCCCAGGAAACAAGAUGUCUUUGGUCAAAGAUAAAGAGACUUGCUGCGAGAGCUGGGAGUGUGAUUGCCAGUGUCAGGUUUAUGGAGACCCACACUACAUCUCCUUCCAGGGGAUCACAUUUGACUUCAUGGACAACUGCACAUACACUCUAGUGGAGGAGCAAGUACUGCAGCACCGAUUAAGCAUUACUGUAGACAACUACUACUGUGUGCCGGAAAUUGAUAAUUCCUGUUCUAGGGGAAUCACAUUAAAGUACUGGAAUGACAUUGCCACACUUAUGGUAACAGAGGAGUUCACGGUAGAGUCUACUUUGAACCAGGAGAUUAUAAAACCACCAUACGAAGAUCAGGUCUUCAAGUUUGAAAGCAGUGGUAGCCAGGUCUACAUGUACAUCAAGCCUAUCCGUUCCUAUGUUUCUCUCACACCUUUCAACAAUCUGUUAAUCAACCUGGCAAUGGAGCACUUCCAAAACAACACCCAAGGACAGUGUGGUGUUUGUGGUGGGCAGUCGUGCAUACGAAGAAAUGGUGUAGUUGAAGAUGACAACUGUUGUGAUAAGACUGCAUAUGAUUGGGUUGUAGAAGACCCUCUGAAACCCUACUGCAAAUCUGCACUCACCAGUGUUCCUUGUGUCCCUACCUCGGCACCUCCACCUCCACCUUCCUGCAAUCCUACAAUAUGCGACCUCCUUCACCAUGAAGUGUUUCUGAAGUGUGGUGAAACGAUCAAUCUUAUGGCUGUGGAGAAGAAUUGCCAGUUUGACUACUGUUCAUACAAUAGUCGUGUUGGUGCCUGUUCCUCUCUGGAGUAUGCAGCAUCAGAGUGCAAAAGGAUUGGUAUUUGUGUGGACUGGAGAUACCUUACCAAUGGCUCCUGUGAGAUCACAUGUCCUGAAGGAAUGAUGUACAACGAGUGUCAAGAGUCUCCAAAUGAUGUCUGUCAAGGCGGUGUUCGCGUGCCUGCAACCUAUGUGGUUGGUCUGAGAUCAGGUUGCUUUUGUCCAGAUGACCAGAUGCUUGCAGAAGAACACAAGAAAAUAUGUGUGUCUGAAUGCACAACAUGUAAAGGGCCAUUGGGUGAGCCCAUGCCGGUGGGGGCAGUAUGGGAAUCAAACUGUCAUAUAUGCACAUGUAAUAACCAGACUAGAACUGAAGAGUGCAUACCCAAACCUCGAGAUCCCACUCCAGUCUGCAGUGUCUACUCCAGUCUGGUCUCUGAUUGCUGUGACAAUCAGAUCUGCGCUGAGAAGAUUUGCGAGUACAAUGGAAUAACUUACAAGGUGGGUGAUCAGUGGACAGAACCUUCACGUCCUUGUGAGUCUUUCAGCUGUAGUCAGACAGGAACAGAGGUUGAGAAAACCGUGUGUCCGGUGCAAACCUGUGCUGAGGAUUUACGAGUGUGGGAUGAACAUCACUGCUGCUAUUCAUGUAAUAUUACAUGCACUGCCAGACUGAUAAGGAUGAACCUCACAAUUGCUGAUUGCGCACAGGAAGUCGAGCUGCCCAUUUGUGAGGGCCAGUGUGAGACACACAACAGGUGGGUUCAUACUAAUGGCACACUUCAGCUUGAACAGAGUCACCAGUGCUGUAAGGAGAGAGGUUAUGAGAUGAGAGAAACCACUCUGACUUGCAGUAAAAACUCCCCAACCCACUUCACAUACAGGCAUGUCACAGGCUGCGAAUGCAAGGUUGAAGGUUAAGUUUACCUGACAUACAAAUGUAUGAAAAUGUCAGUUAAUGUUA